AUGUCGAAGAGACCGCUUGGUAUCUAUUCGUCGCAGCGAGCAAAGGGCUCGCUCGUUGAGCCUGUCGUCACAGAUAUUCACAUUGAACAUAUAGAAACACUCGAAGAACCGGAUUCAGCCUCUUCGGAUGCUCCAUCCACCAAGAAACGCCGCCUUUCGCUAGACCAGGCGCCGCCACUGUUUGCGCUCGCAGAAAGUCGCCCCAUCGAACGAUCGAAAGCGGCUAUAGAAGACUGGGAGGACAUUAAAGAGGUCUUUGCAACCGCUACAGAGAAAUAUGAAGCUGAGGAGCCAGAAGAGGCUGUCGAGCUAUUUCGCCGCGUUAUUCACGAGUCUGACCAUUUGUUACGUCUGUAUCCGGAGCCCAUCGUCUUCCUUUCGAGCGGUCGAAACCCGCUUCUGUCCUCUUGGGCAAGUCAUGUUGACGAGAUUUACGCACGUACACACAACCCGCUACCACCCCGAGAUCCGAUUCGGACAAACGACGCAUUGACGAGCUUCCACUACAUCUACGGGACAUCGAUGCUCCUUCUGGGCAAGAUUCUGGAGGCAUAUCCUACACUUGCAAAGGAUGUCGAGCCUGUCAAUACCCCUGCCUUUUAUCUCGCUGCUCUCGACGUCCUCGAGGACGGCGAGAACGCAUACCAUUCCGUUUCAGGAAAUAGGUUUCCUAAGGAAGAUUGGAGGCUAUCGGUCAGCGUUGGACGAACGCUUGUUUGCCUGGCGGAGGAAAAGUUAAGGCGGCUUUCUAAAUCCAACCAACAGGCGAACGGCUUCGUAAUUAAUUUUCAAGAUGACCUGUGGCCCAAAGAUUCGGCGUUUGCCCCAUCCUUCUCAAAACGACCACCGCUCACGAGGAGGGUGACUUUACCGAGCGCUUCGCCUCACGAGGUGCUAAACUCUGCAUGCGAUCACUUUUCUAGAGCCAUGCUUCAUAUGCCACAUCACAAGCGGCGACAUCGUAACGGACUUUCUAAUCACAUGGAUUCAAUGGAUAUGGGCGGUGCCUCUAUGAUGAUUCAGGAAGUCGACGCCCCACCGACCAUGCCCGGCCUGGGGAGCCGCACACGCUCCCUUUUACAUAACAUUCGCCCACGGGUACUCUACACAAUUGGAAGCGACGUUCUCAGUGUGGCAGAAAGGCUCCCUGUCGCAUCGGAGAGACUGUACUGGGCAAAAUGGGUCGACGAGGUGUUCCUGCAGAUGGAGAUGGAGGAGCUCAUCUCCGAGGACUGGAGCCAUCCUAUUGCUGUUGGAAGAGGAAGGUGUUGGCUUAUUAUUGGGUCAACGCACUUUGAGAAGCAGAAGCAGCCAGACAGGCACUCUUCAAAGGCAAGUUGGACUCUUGCACCGCUUCGAAAGUUACUCAUCGGAUAUAUAGCUACCCAGUACCUGGGAAAGGCUCAGUUGACCCGCGCAUCCGACCUCGCUGCUCUACCCGACCCAUUCUCGACCGAUGUCUCACCAAUGUUGGGCGAAGCCUACGUGACUCUCGCAACCCUCACGCCGGAAGGACCAGCAAAGGAAGAAUACUUUGCGCGAGCUGCCGCAGAGGGGGUUGACCUGACCGAGGAUGAUGAAUCUAUGAUGGAUGCCAAUUCAUGA